GUGGUAUCCUGUCUCCCUUUCAUUGUUCUCAUCUUCUCUUCGCAUUCUCCUCGCUCUCGUCUUCCUGCCUUCGGCACAAACUCAUUGACCAUGGCCACUCACCUUGAUCACAAGCGAGCAGCUGCGGCGCUUCCUACAUCCAAGGCACAACCGCCUUCCAGCUAUCGCGAUGACCCCGAAGCCGUGUCUCUUCACACCACACGCAGCGACUACGAGUACAACGAUGACCUGCCCGAACUGCCGUCAUACCACGACAGCGUAGCCGCUCCAGCCAACAGCCCAUCCGCUCCCAUCGACGCAUAUCGCAGCAUCUCUCAGCCAACUCUACAUCGCCCUGGUCAAAAUGCCUCCAGCUCGCACGCCGUCUCGAUCGGCUGCGAAACGAGCAUACGUAUGGAAGAGUCGCUCAUGGACCCCGCCAGCCUGCAAGACUACAUCACAAACUACCUUCGCAACGUCCCGCCUCGUCCUUUGAUCCGCAUUCAAGGCUCUCAUUGGCAGCACACAGCACAUGCAAACAAUAAGAAGAAGGAGAAGGAGCGAGUCUACGACUUCGACAUAGUCUUCAGUCUCCAGCCCUUCCUCCCUGAGCCAGGUAACGGCAACUUUUGCCAAGCCUACACCGUUGAGAAUGGCGACCAAGCAUAUCGUGGCAGCUUUCGCAAAAUGCGAGCAAAAGGAUACAAGCAAGAUAUCGAAGUCGGCGAGGAAGAGAAGCCCACUCUCACAGCAUGGUGCGAAGAGUUCUGCUCAAGCAAAAGCUGGCUCAAGAUCUUUCGCAUAUCUCGUCAUGUCCACGGUCUCGACAUCGAACAGAUCACGCCCGCGCUCGAGAAACUCGUGCGAGCAACACACUACCGCGGCCGUAUAGACAUCACAUACCCCAUGGUCGACAAGAAUGUUGACAUUUACUCACCGCAUUGGAUUAACACCGCACGCAUUACUUGGAUCCGAUGGAUAUUCUAUCUCACAUUCCUCUGGCUGAUCACCUGGCCGAUUCUUUACUUCAUGACGAAAAGAUGGUCCACCUACAACGUCAACUGGUACUGGAAAAUGUACAACAAUGGUCCGGAAGGCAGUGUUGAACGAUACGCGACCAUUAGUGAAAGUGAUUGGAUCAAGCGGCAUGCGAAUCUGGUGCAGAGCCUGGUAUUGGACAAGUAUCAUGGUGAUGCGAGUGAAGUGCCUUCAGAUAUUGCUGUCAAUACGGAGAGAAGACGCUCGGAGAUUCGAGUUCCGAACGUAAAUUUGCGAGGUGGUGGAAUUGGCGCUGCGGUGGGUUUGCUGCAGUCUGGCGUUAGUGUGUGGAACCAGGCGAACGGGAGGGGCGAUGCGGGUUGGGGGAGCGACGAGUGCUGA